UCAAAGCCGCUCUCUUCCUUCUCUCUCUAUCUCUCGCUCCUCCCUCGUCCUGUCUUCCUUCGCCACAUUUUCCCAGGAAAAGUCCCAGUAAGAUCCCUUUCUCUCUCCCAUUUUCUCUUUCUCUUCCCUUAUUUUCUGGGAUACAUGCAUCACUGCUUCUGUUUUGUUCACUUCGCAUGGAUCCCAGUUGUGGCGGGAAUGGCACUCUCGUUCUAUUGCCCGCCAUUUCAAUCUUCUAUAUUCUCUAAAUUCUUAUUCGUAAUGCAAUUGAUCGUUCAUUGAGUUUCAUUGUCGUCUCUUUGUGCUCCAACAGUUCCGGAACACAUCUAUUUGGUUCAUGUUUCUUUUUCUUUUAUUUAUAGUUUUCUUUUUGUUUCCUCAAAGCACGAGGUUUCUAGGGUUUCUGGUUUCUGUUUUUCUAGGGUUUGUCUUGCUGCAUUAUGCUUAUUUUAUUUGGGUUUUUAAGACAACAGUUCUUGUAGCGGAAACUCCCGGAUUUCGUGGUGCGUUGGAUUCCGAGAAAUUGAGAAAUGCCUCUGUUGAAGAGAAAGCCUUUUGCCCUUUUGGAACCACCGGAGGAUUUGAAGCCCAGUGAGCUCGUCUAUCAAGUUCGUUUCACCAAGGAGAUAUUUCGCGAUUAUAAAUUACUUAGUGAGUAUUUGAACCGGAUAAAUUUGUAUCGUCAAAGGGUUUGGACAUGCAAAGUUACCGGGAAAAUUAACUUGACUUUCGAAGAGGCUUUGGUGUCAGAGAAACGUGCAACUGAGAAGGUUCAGGAGUUUCCCAAGGAGUUAAUGGCACCUGUCCUGCUAACCGUCCAAUUCAAAGAAGAAGAAGAAGAAGAAGAAGAUAGUAAAAGGAGAACAAGCAGUCCUCAAGUUCUAGGUUUGCUUCCAUUGCGAGAUCUUGUCAACACAAUAACUGCGAGAUUACAGGAGAACUUAUCGGAGGGUGUUGAAUUGUAUGGAAAGAAGGAUAACUGUGUAUACUUAUGUAAAAUAGUAAAAGUUCUGAAGAGCCGUGAUGAUCAAACCCAGUAUGAGGUGGCAUGGCUUGACAAAGAUAAGGCGAUAUCCGGGCCAGCAAUAGUAAAAGGAGAAGAUUUAAUCAGGAAAAAGCUUCCUUUCAGUCGAAAUGUUCUGAAGUCUUUUAUUCGGGAAUCUACACGUCAAAGUGUUCCCUGGGUGCUUCAUGAUAAGUUGGCGCGAAAGCAUGGAAUCUCAACUGAUCUCCCAGAGGAGCUAAGAAGCAAAUUUGUCUUCCAGGAUGGGCGCCUAGUCAGGGAUAAAAAGAGAAGGAAGGUUGAGGAUGGGAAUAACAUAUUGGAAGUUAAAAAGGAAGAAUUUGGAAGCUGUAAGAGAAAGAAAGUGGAGAAUGGGAAAGAUGCUGAGAAAGCAGAAGAUGAUAAACCAGAAGAAUCCAUCAAAUAUCCGAUAGAUGAUCUCUUGGUGCAACCUGCAGCAUAUGAUUCAAUUCUCACAGAUCGCCCUUCUCCAUCAAGAGACUUCAAUGUUCCAAUGGAUUGUGUAGGGGAUCUUUUAAUGGUCUGGGAUUUUUGCUCUUCUUUUAGCAGGUUUUUGUGCUUGUUGCCCUUCUCUCUUGAAGAUUUUGAAAAUGCUAUCUGCCACAAGGAUAGCAAUUUAGUUCUCGUUGCUGAAUCUCAUGCAAGUAUUCUUCGCCUGUUGAUAAAAGAUGAUGGUGAAUAUUUCACGGCCAUACAGGGAAACAAAAGGAAGUCAAAGAUUACCCUAAUCAAUUGGACUGAGUACUUGUGUGAUUUCUUAGAAAUGAUUGAUAUUCCUGAAUUAUCCACUUACAUAGCCACAAUAAAGCGGGGACAUUAUGGCCUUUUAGAUACUCAUGCCAAAUUAGGAAUCUUGCGGGAAUUGGUUGCUCAAGCCAUUGCCACGGACCUUUUUAGGGAGAAGUUGGAUGAGAAUAUUGAACAGCGGCAGGCACUUGGAGCCACCAAAAGGGGGGAAGCAAUAGAAGAAGCUAGAAAGAAAAGAGAACAGAAGGAACGCUUGAAGGCAGAGCCUGAUACCAAUGGGCAUAGUUUGGAGUCUCUGGAAAACAACUUAUCUGAAAAUGGUGAUCACAAACAAAAUGGAGAUGCUGUUGAGAAAAGAAAAAAGAACGGGAUUCCCUCUAAACAAAAGCAUGCAUCAGGAAACAGUGAGGGCAAGCACGCCAAGGAAGCAGUGGAUAAGAAGAGCAAAGAGCAGCGGAGAGAAUAUUUUGAGCGGGAGAUUGAGAAACGAAUUGUACGCACCAAUCCCCUGGGGAAGGACAGACAUUAUAACAGGUAUUGGUUUUUCCGUCGUGAUGGGAGAAUAUUUGUUGAGAGUUCUGACUUCAAGCAGUGGGGCUACUACAGUACAAAGGAAGAGCUUGAUGCUUUGAUGGGCUCACUUAACUGUAAGGGGGUGAGAGAGAGGGCUCUUCAUAAUCAACUAAACAAAUACUAUCGUACAAUAUGCUCGGAACUGCAAAAGAGAUCAAAGGAGGUUGCUAACAAGAUUGCAAUGGAAGAGGCUGUUCUUCGGAGGUCUACUCGUGUAAGGGCACCCCCUAGGGACAAUCCAGCGGUGGCUUUUCUUCGGUACGUGAACAAGUGGAAGGAAGACUGACUGCAUUAGAGUUUGUUAUGUAGGUGGCUCUCUAAUUUUUGAUUGGGGAGUUGCAUUUUAUAUUUCUCACUCAAAAUAGAAUUGGUGAGAGUAUAUUUUUCCCAAUCACUAGACGUGUCAAGUCCCUGUUCCCUUUUUUUCCUUUGGCGCCACGGUUUAUGUUGGCUGGGGCAGGAAUGGGAAAGGAGCAUUUUUUGCUUCCAGUCCCAUGCAAGUACUUGUGUCUAAUUAUGUUUAGCCUCUCUUCUUUUUCAUUUUUUUUUUUUUUUUUAUUUUUUGUAAAUGACCAUUUUCUUCAUUCAUCACAUUGCUGAAUGGUGGCAGAAUUAUGAUUUUGCAAUGUCCAUUAUUACAUUUUAUUUGGUUAAAAGAGGGAACGGAUGGAAAUGGUUGGAAAGAAA